ACGUGCUAGACAUGGGCGUGAAGACAGUGUCGCCAUGUUGAUUUCUGCCGCGCUGGCUGGGGAAGGGAGAGGGCGGCUGACUAGCUACCCGUAGUUUCGGCUCCUGUGCGCAAGUGCGGAAGUGCGCUGGCCGGGAGAGAGAUCGGUUUCCGGUCAGUGGUGCGGUACUGGGUACCCGGAGACGUGUAUCGGACGGUGGGCAGCAGCCAUGGCCGAGAGAAAACCUAACGGUGGCAGCGGCGGCGCCUCCACUUCCUCGUCGGGCACUAACUUACUUUUCUCCUCCUCGGCCACGGAGUUCAGCUUCAAUGUGCCCUUCAUCCCAGUCACCCAGGCCUCCGCUUCUCCGGCCUCCCUGCUCUUGCCCGGAGAGGAUUCCACAGAUGUUGGUGAGGAGGACAGCUUCCUUGGUCAGACUUCCAUUCACACGUCUGCCCCACAGACAUUUAGUUACUUCUCUCAGGUAUCAAGCAGCAGUGAUCCUUUUGGGAAUAUUGGACAGUCACCAUUAACAACUGCAGCAACCUCAAUUGGACAAUCAGGAUUCCCCAAGCCCCUGACUGCUCUCCCAUUUACAACUGGAUCCCAAGAUGUCUCGAAUGCAUUGUCACCAUCCAUUUCAAAGGCUCAACCUGGUGCUCCACCUUCCUCACUGAUGGGAAUAAAUUCUUAUCUGCCUUCUCAGCCAAGUAGUCUCCCUCCUUCACAUUUUGGGAACCCACCCCAAGGAAUUCCCCAACCAGGAUACAAUCCAUAUCGCCAUACCCCUGGCAGCAGCAGGGCUAAUCCUUACAUUGCACCACCCCAGCUGCAGCAGUGCCAAACACCAGGCCCUCCUGCUCAUCCUCCACCGUCUGGACCCCCUGUUCAGAUGUACCAGAUGCCUCCAGGAUCUUUGCCACCGGUUCCUCCUUCAGUGCAGUCACCAGCACAGCAGCAGGUACCUGCCAGACCUGGGGCUCCCUCUGUUCAAUUGCCACCUCCUUUUCUACUUCAAAACCAAUAUGAGCCUGUUCAGCCCCACUGGUUUUACUGCAAGGAGGUAGAAUACAAACAACUGUGGAUGCCUUUUAGUGUGUUUGACUCUUUGAAUCUUGAAGAAAUCUAUAAUUCAGUUCAGCCAGAUCCAGAGAGCGUGGUUCUUGGCACGGAUGGAGGGCGCUACGAUGUUUACCUCUAUGACCGAAUAAGGAAGGCUGCCUACUGGGAAGAGGAGCCAGCUGAAGUGAGACGCUGUACUUGGUUUUACAAGGGGGACACAGAUAGUCGAUUUAUUCCCUAUACUGAGGAGUUCAGUGAAAAACUAGAGGCUGAAUAUAAAAAAGCUGUAACCACUAAUCAGUGGCACCGAAGAUUAGAGUUUCCAAGUGGAGAGACAAUUGUUAUGCACAAUCCAAAGGUUAUUGUUCAGUUCCAGCCCUCCUCAGUGCCAGAUGAAUGGGGCACCACGCAAGAUGGACAGACAAGGCCCAGGGUUGUAAAGCGUGGAAUUGAUGAUAACCUUGAUGAAAUUCCCGACGGGGAGAUGCCUCAAGUUGACCAUUUGGUGUUUGUGGUGCAUGGCAUUGGACCUGUGUGUGACUUACGCUUUAGGAGCAUUAUUGAGUGUGUGGAUGAUUUUAGGGUGGUUUCUCUCAAAUUGCUGCAGACACAUUUCAAGAAAUCUUUAGAUGAUGGGAAAAUAAGCAGAGUGGAGUUCCUUCCAGUUCAUUGGCAUAGUUCUUUGAGUGGGGAUGCCACAGGUGUGGACAGGAAUAUUAAGAAAAUCACUUUGCCAAGUAUUGGUCGAUUUCGUCACUUUACCAAUGAAACUUUGCUAGAUAUUUUAUUUUAUAACAGCCCCACCUACUGUCAGACAAUUGUGGAAAAAGUAGGAAUGGAGAUAAACCGUCUGCAUGCACUCUUUAUGAGUCGGAACCCAGACUUCAAAGGAGGUGUCUCUGUUGCUGGUCACAGUUUAGGUUCUUUAAUAUUGUUUGACAUCCUGUCUAAUCAAAAAGAUUUGAAUUUAUCAAAGUGCCCUGGACGUCUUGCUGUUGCUAAUGGAGUUGUGAAGCAGCUACAUUUUCAGGAAAAGCAGAUGCCUGAAGAGCCAAAGCUGACUUUGGAUGAGUCGUGUGACCUUGAUGUUGAAAAUGAAGAAGUCCUAACUUUGCAAGAAACUCUGGAAGCACUUAGCCUCUCUGAAUAUUUUAGCACUUUUGAAAAGGAAAAGAUUGAUAUGGAAUCCCUGCUUAUGUGUACAGUUGAUGACCUGAAGGAAAUGGGGAUACCCCUUGGACCCAGAAAGAAGAUAGCUAACUUUGUAGAACAUAAAGCAGCCAAACUGAAAAAAGCAGCGUCAGAAAAGAAGGCAGUGGCAGCCACUUCUACAAAAGGACAAGAGCAAAGUGCCCAGAAGACUAAAGACAUGGCUUCCCUCCCCUCAGAAUCUAAUGAGCCAAAGAGGAAACUUCCAGUUGGUGCUUGCGUGUCUUCUGUGUGUGUGAAUUAUGAAUCUUUUGAAGUUGGCGCCGGACAGGUUUCUGUUGCUUACAACUCAUUAGAUUUUGAACCAGAGAUAUUCUUUGCCUUGGGGUCUCCAAUUGCUAUGUUUCUCACUAUUCGAGGAGUUGAUAGGAUAGAUGAGAAUUACAGCCUUCCUACCUGUAAAGGGUUCUUCAAUAUUUAUCAUCCGCUUGAUCCAGUGGCAUAUAGAUUAGAACCUAUGAUUGUUCCAGAUUUGGACCUAAAAGCUGUUCUCAUUCCACAUCACAAAGGCAGAAAAAGACUUCAUUUAGAAUUGAAAGAGAGUCUCUCUCGUAUGGGAUCUGAUUUGAAGCAGGGUUUUAUUAGCUCUCUCAAAAGUGCUUGGCAGACAUUAAAUGAGUUUGCCCGUGCUCAUACCUCUUCAACCCAGUUGCAAGAAGAAUUGGAGAAGGUGGCCAAUCAGAUCAAAGAAGAAGAAGAAAAGCAAGUAGUUGAAGCAGAAAAGAUUGUUGAAAGUCCAGAUUUUUCCAAGGAUGAGGACUACUUAGGAAAGGUUGGAAUGUUAAAUGGAGGCCGCCGAAUUGACUACGUUCUCCAAGAAAAACCAAUAGAGAGUUUUAAUGAAUAUCUUUUCGCUCUUCAGAGUCACUUAUGCUAUUGGGAAUCUGAAGAUACUGCUCUGUUACUACUUAAAGAAAUUUAUCGAACAAUGAACAUUAGUCCAGAACAGCCCCAGCAUUGAUCAAACUUCAGUUUUACUACAGCACAUGGACAGUUGAAAUGAACCACAUGGUAAAGACUGAGCAGCUGGACAAGGAGGAGAGGAAUUCAUCUGGGAUGGGAGCAAGUUGUUACUGUAUAUGAGAUGGCAAGGGACCCCCUUCACGGGUAAAGUGUCAUUUGAGCAAGUGAGCCUGGUGGAUAUCUGGAAGAAGAAGACCAUUUCAGGUGGAGAGAAGAAUCUGGAUCAGAACAUGAGAGUGACCUCGUUCUUUUUAUGUAUUCCAUUGACUAUUGCACCAUAAUCUGUUUAAGCAGUCCUUACUGAUGGGCGUUUAAGUUAUUCUAAUCUUUGAUUAGUAUGAACAGUACUACAGUGAUAUGUGAUAUUUUAAUAGUUGCAUUUCAUUCCAUUUUAUAGUUCUUUUAUUAAAAUACUUUAUUUUACCCCAUCGUUGAGUGUUAGGUGAUUUUCCAAAUUUUCUCCAUUAUAAAUAACUCUGAUAUGUAGUUUUACACACUUUUUGCCCAUCUCUGUUUGCUUUGGAUACAUUCUUAGAAGUAGUGUUCUUAUUUCUGAGAAUAUUGCACAUUUUGAAAAGAUUUUUGGCCAGGUGCAGUGGCUCAUGCCUGUAAUCCCAGCUUGAGAGGCCGAGGCAGGCAGAUCACUUGAGGUCAGGAGUUCGAGACCAGCGUGGCCAACAUAGUGAAACCCCGUCUCUACUAAAAAUACAAAAAAAUUAGCAGGGUGUGAUCUCACCUACUUGGGAGGCCGAGGCAGGAGGAUCGCUUAAAACCCGGGAGGUGGAGGUUAGUGAGCUGAGAUCGCACUACUGCACUCCAGCCUGGGCAACAGUGUGAGAUUCCAUUUCAAAAAAAAAAAAAAAAAAAAAAAGCUUUUUGAUCCCUACAUUUUGCUAAAUUGCAUUCCAGAAAAGUUGCUCAAUUUUCAUAUUUACCGUCAGUAUGUAAAGGCCAGUAUUCUUGCACUCUUGGAAACACUGGAUAUUACUGAUUUAAAAAUUUUUUUUUGCCAAUUUGAUAGCCAGAAAUAGUUAUAAUACCAUUUUUACUUACAUUUGUAUUAUUAGUGAAGUUGAGCUCUUUGGGUGUAUCUUAUUAACUGGCUGAUUAUAUUUCUUUUGUCAGUUGCCUGUUCUUGACCUUUAUGUGUUUUCUUGGAGGUAUGGGGUAGGGUCCUUUUCUUAUGGAUUUAUAAAUAUGAUAUUUAAGGAUAUUAACCUUUGUCAUUGUAAGUAUUUUUUCCCAGUUUGAAAUCGGCCUUUUAUUUUUCCUUAUACUUUGGAUUUUUUUGGCGGGGGUUUGAGGGGGGCAUGUUUUAAAAAUAUGUAGCCCUACGCCGGGCAUGAUGGCUCACACCUGUAAUCCCAGCACUUUGGCAGGCCGAGGUGGACGGAUCACCUGAGGUCAGGAGGUUGAGACCAGCCUGGCCAGCAUGGAGAAACCUCGUCUCUAUUAAAAAUACAAAAAUUAGAUGGGUGUGGUGGCUGGCACCUAUAAUCCCAGCUACUUGGGACGCUGAGGCAGGAGAAUCACUUGAACCCAGGAGGCAGAGGUUGCAGUGACCCUAGAUUGUGCCAUAGCACUCCCACCUGAAUGACAGAGCGAGACUCCGUCUAAAAAAAACAAAAAAAAAAACAAAAAAAAACAAAACAAAAAGCAUAACCCAGUCUUUUAUGAUUAAUUAUUUUUUAGAUAUUUACAUUUAUUUUCUUGUAGUUCUUUUUUUUCCCCAUUUGGCUUUGUAAUUUAGAAGAGUAAGGUGUAGAGAACAAUUUAACUUUUUUCUUACAUCAUUGUUUCUGUCUGUGCCAUAUAUUGAAUAAUGUACCCUUUUGUCAUAGGUUUGAUGUUUUUAUCACAUGCCAAAUAUUUUGCUGUUGUUUGACAUUUUAAUUAAUAUUUGUUUCCUAGGUUUUCUCAUCUCUUCUAGUGAUUUAUUUGUCUAUGAUACUUCAUUGAUUUCAAGUCAUUUAUUUUCCACAUUUUAACAUCUUUAAAUUUGUAAUGCAUCUUAAAAUCAGCUGUUGGGGCUGGUGCAGUGGCUUAUACCUGUAAUCCCAGUGCUGUGGGAGGAUUACUUGAGCCCAGGAGUUUGCGACCAGCCUGGGCAACAUAGUGAAAUCUCGUCUCUUAAAAAAAAAAAAGAAAUUUAAUUCACCUGUUGCCUUAAUGGAAGUUGAGUUCUUUCUGAGAAGCCGUGCGUUUUCUUCUGCUGGUCACUGGGGGAAGGGCUUUACCAACCUGCCUCUGCUUAAGCUAAUUUCUCUGCUUGGGAUUUUUUAGGACUAUGCUGGUAGUGUGAAUUCAGCCCCCAAAAUUUGCAGGGGUGGGGUUAUCAGUUCAGAUAUUGGAGUUUUUGUUCCCUCUUUCCAUUGUCAAGGAAGAGGUGCACAGGCCUUUUGCUAUCCCUUCUGCAUGUAGUUGCUUGCUUUUAUGCCUCAUUGAGACUAUAGAUGUUUGGUACCCCCACUUUGUGAGGGCUUCUCCUUUGAGACUCCCUUUCUGGGCAUCUUUUUAUGGUACAUAACAGUGAAGUGUCACAAUCGAUGGUGUCUUAGAUUUGGUGAAAUAUGGUGUUUUAAUAAUUGUAAUUUUUUACAUAAUAUCUGGCAGUAUAAGUUCUCAGUAUACCAUAGUCUUCACAGUUAUCCCAAAUGAAGUUCAAAAUAAUUUAAGUCCCCUGAUGCUCUCUCUCCCCCAACAAAACAAAGCAAGACAAACAAAACCAAAAGAAUAGUGAUUCUAGGAUUUUGCCAUUACCUUAUAUGAAAAACUCAGUAAGAACCUUCUAUUUCACAUGUGAUUCGUUCACUGUAAUUGUUUUAUUUAUUUCUUCUUAUACUUGGCUGUAAAAUUUAGGCAAGAAUUUAAGUUUCUAAUACUAUACUAAGAUAAUCCAUUUAAAAUGCUAACAGUUAUUCUAUACAUGGUUCAUUCAAGCUUAGAUCAGUUUUGCUGAAUGGUUGUUUUAUGUUUAUGUCCUUUUAUACCUUUUUAGGAUUGUUCUUUGAAAAGCCUCAAAUUGGCCAGGCGUGGUGGCUUACACCUGUAAUCUUAGCACUUUGGAGGCUGAGGCAGGCAGAUCUCUUGAGCUCAGGAGUUCGAGACCAGCUUAGCAACAUAGCAACACCUUGUCUCUACUAAAAGUAAAAAAAAAAAAAUCACUGGGGCAUGAUGGUGUGCACCUGUAGUCCCAGCAACUUGGGAGGCUGAGGUGGGAGGAUUGCUGGAGUUCGGGAGAUUGAGGCUGCAGUGAGCUGUGAUCACACCACUGCACUCCAGCCUGGAUUAUAGAGAGAGACCUUGUCUCAAAAAUAGAUAAUUAAAUAAAAAAUAAAAAGCCUCAAAUUAACAUGGCAGAUAACUAACUUUAUUUUUUAUUAAUAUUUUAGCCGGUCGCGGUGGCUCAUACUUGUAAUCCCAGCACUUUGGGAGGCCAAGGCGGAUCACAAGGUCAGGAGUUCAAGACCAGCCUGGCCAACAUAGUGAAACCUUGUCUCUACUAAAAAUACAAAAAUUAGCCAUGCGUGGUAGCACGCACCUGUAGUCCCAGCUACUUGGGAGGCUGAGGCAGGAGAAUCUUUUGAACCCAGGAGGCUGAGGGUGCAGUGAGCUGAGAUCGCGCCAUUGUGCUCCUGCCUGGGUGACAGGGCGAGACUCUGUCUCGAAGAAAAAAAAAAAUACUUUAUUUUAAUUUUUUGAGAAGAGGUAUCACUCUGUCACCCAGCUUGGAGUGAGUGCAGUGGCGUGAUCUCGGCUCACUGCAACCUCUGACUCCCAGGCUGAAGCGAUCUUCCUAACUUAGCAUCUCGAGAGGCUGGGACCACAGGUGUGCACCACCACGUCUGGCUAAUUUUUUAAUUUUUUGGUAGAGACGGUUUCCCCAAGUUGCCCAGGCUGGUCUCGAACUUCUGAGCUGAGAUGAUCCACUCGCCUUGGCCUCCCACAGUGCUGGGAUUACAGGCGUGAGCCACAACACCUGGCCAUAACUAACUUUAAAUUGUGUCUUUUACUCUCUGUACUGGCUUUGCUAUGAAGAUUAUCAUGCUGGUUAAUCUUAUUGAGUGUUUCCUGGGCAUUCUUGUCCCUUUGGAAAGCCUGAGGACUUGCUCACAGGCUGUGCUCUUUGGAGGCGGUUUGUGGUGUUUGUCAGUAAAGUUGAGCACUGGAUUGUCCUUUUGUUUUUUUGAGAUGGGGUCUCGCUCUGUCCCCAAGGCUGGAGUGCAGUGGCGGGAUCUGGGCUCAUCGCAAACUCCGCCUCCUGUGUUCACACCAUUCUCCUGCCUCAGCUUCCAGAGUAGCUGGGAUUACGGGCACCUGCCACCAUGCCUGGCUAAUUUUUUGUAUUUUUAGUAGAGAUGGGGUUUCACCAUGUUAGCCAGGAUAGUAUCGAUUUCCUGACCUUGUGAUCUGCCCGCCUCGGCCUCCCAAAGUGCUGAGAUUACAGGCUUGAGCCACCGUGCCUGGCCGAUUGUCUGUUCUUUUACUUCAGAAAAGACAACGAUGCAUGGUAUUUGACUGUAAAUUUGUAAAGUUCACUGAGAUUUUUUUUUUUCU